AAGUCUUUAUUGCGUAUUUUUUUGCAACUCGGUCUCGUUUAUAAUAAGCAGCAUUUUCCUAUCCUAAAUCUAGGUCACUGGUUAGACGCCUGCCCAAAAAAACGGAGGAUCCCAAACCCUCGAAGGGAUACGGAGAGCAGUGCUGUAUGUUGUUACCCUGCACUCGCUAAUGGAACGUCUUGAAUCGAGAAACGUUCGCUUUGAAGAAAUGGAUACAGUAUGUGCUCAGGUGUUGCAGAGCUUGGUAAACAAGUCGGGAACGAGGAAGUCUACGUCAAAUAUUUUUUGUAUCCGGUAUUUAUUAUUGGCAGAAACUUCGUUUUGAGUAAAAUACACGAACAGCGGCUGGUUGCUCAGGGCACAGCAGCACUUUGCAUCAACAGCUUGCUACCCUGUGUGUGUCACUGAAGUGGUAAUGGACAGCGGACCCGCUACCGCUCUACUAGUCAACAUCUCAGCAUACUAGUGAAGAGCAGCAGAAGCAGCUUACCUACCCACAGAUGUCAGGCUUUCACCAGUCCAAAUCUGUGUGAAGUGCUAGCCGGCACAGAGAGACUGAAAUCAGGAAACGCGCGCGUAAAGAGAUCAGAUGCUAAUGUUGCUGCAGGCAUUGCUAAAGUAUAGCCUGGCGCAUAACCGGAACGCGAGAGCAGCGGCGGAAUUCGACCUGCUGACUACUGACAAGAAGUUUGUAGUCUUUGGACACUGAUGCAGUCCGGAUUCUGCAGCCGGUUGGGGAGCUUUCCAGACUUUGUUUCUCACUAGAACCAAGCUGUUUUUUGAAUGCUCGAGAGCGCUGCACCGGCGGGGGCUGAUGAUGGCUAGGCUCAGAGUGUCCUAUGAGUACUCGGAGGCGGAGGAUAAAACCAUCAGGCUAGGGCUGUUCCUCAUCGUCUGCGGGAUUGUGUCCCUCUUCAUCCUAUGUUUCUGCUGGCUGAAUCCCACCCUGCAGAAUAUACAGUGCAAGCCUGCCAACUGCACCGUGCUGUCCGUGCAGCAGAGCGGGGAGAUGUUCGAGUGCACUUUCACGUGUGGGGCGGACUGUAAAGGCACCUCGCUGUACCCGUGCCUCCAGAUCUAUGUCAAUAACUCGGAGUCCUACUCCCAAGCACUAUUGCAUUUCAACGAACAGCAACUUCUUAUCAAUCCAAAGUGUUCGUACCUUCCUCCAUGUACAAGAGACAACCAGAAGAACACGGACAGUGUGCUGAAGCAGCAGCAUGACUGGACUAAGAACAUCUCCCAGUCCUUCACUUGCUUCUUUGACCAACAGAGAAGGCCGGACGACGUGCUGCUGGUGCGCUCCCACGACGAGAGCGUUCUCCUGCACUGCGUGCUCUGGCCCAUGGUCAGCCUCCUGGUUGGGGUCUUGAUUGUGGUCCUCACUGUCUGCGCCAGGAGUCUGGCCGUCCGCGCAGAAGCCCUCCAGAAGAGAAAGUUCUCCUAGAGAAAAGAAUCGGGGCAAGAAGUUUCUGUCGGCAGCCUGGGGCACAGAAGAAAUAUUUGCUAUUCCAUCUCUGACUGGUCAAGCGAUAGUAUCACUGUGCCAUCUGUCACUGUAGAGGCCGCCCCCUGCCCCUCCUCCCCUCCUCCCCUCCCUACUCUGCUGUGCUGAUGUAUACACGACUGCUCACAGCUUAAAUUAAUGUUCCGUUUCUUUAAAAAAAAAUUCAGAUAGCAGCAGUAGUCAAACUUGCGCAAGAUGACCGCUCACUGUGGAAAUGAUACAGGGGUGGUCUUUAUUGCAGGUUUGACUAGGGUUACCACAUUCACAGAGUGAAAAAACAGGACUAUUUGUUUUUUCUUCAACUCUUAAGCCGUUAAAAUAGUUAUAUAUAUAACAACACAAUCAUCAUUUAAAAGUUACACAUUGGGUUUAUUUAUUGCAGAUCAUAGAUCGCUGGUAACCCUAGGUUUAACUCUAUAGUCAACUUGUGAAAAAAAAAAAAAUAUAUAUAUAUAUAUAUAUAUAGUUAAUCUAUGUAUAAAAUUAUAUUAUGACUGGCUUAGACUGUACAGACUGGCAAUAUGUCUGUAAAUAUUAUGUAUACCAUCCUGUCACUGUAUAGAAACUUCGCCCCUAUUUGUGUGCUAGCUGUGGUUGAAUGGAAGCUUCCACAUAGCAAUGCUGCUUUCUGGUGGUUGUUUUUCUUUUCCAAGCUGAAAUCCGAAUGGAAAAUGUUUUUAUGAUCAGUUGUAACAAAGUGCCCUUUCCGACUCCCCCUCAGUUACAUCUCUCCACUAGUGUAAGGACAUAUUCCCCUCCCAUAUCCUGAGUCACUGCAUUGCACCGGCCCUCUGCCUGCUAGCCGAUAUAUCGGGUUCAGUUCAAUAUGAUGCUGGCUGCUAUGGAGCUGGUUCCAAACUGAUAUAACAGUCCAGACCAAGCCCUGCCGCAUCUCUCUCCCAUCUGUACCAGCCAUCUGCAGAAGCAGGAGAGGCACUCCUACAGCAGUUCAAAUUGAAAUACCAUUUCUGAAAGCUCAACCUGAGUUUACGAAUGUAGUCUAGUAUACAAUCUGACCAAGAUAUUUGUUUAAUCUUCCACUGUGAUAUGUGUUUAUUUAUUUCAAACAUCUUUUACGAUUUGUGUUCAUAAUCUUUAACACUUUUUGUUUUGUUAUAAAGAGACUUACCAUCAAUAAAGUUGGUUUGUACUAUACAUGUGUGCUAUAAGACUGGAUUGUGCUCCUCAAUGUGAAUUAAAUAACGAGUAAAGCUUUUGCUAAUAGGGUCUAGAAUACAAUAAAGAGUUAAACAUGGUUGAUCUUGCACAAAACAGGAACAAAUAGUGCUGGCAGGUGUAGCUCUGAAAGAACCAGUGCCCCACAAUCAUUCAGUUCCACACUAAUAUAUGGCACUCGGAAUAUGUGUGGGUGUCACAUGAGCAAUCAAAGAUCAUGAGGACUUUCCUAAUCAACAGCGUGCAUGAUCAGGAUUGGAGUCUGGUUUUACUUCUGCAGGCUAAGAAACUAAAAAAAAAGUGAGCCUUUGCAAAUGUAUAGUAAUAGUGAAUCUGUCUGUCAGUUAGUUUAGACUUUUGAGCAUUGUUCUCCAACAGCAGACUGUUUUGAAUGCCCUGUAUAGUCCUUCACUUUGAAAACUGACAUGCACAUGAGGGUCGAUGUUUGGCAUAGCAUUUGUUAUAAGAAAAUUCAACGAUCCAAGUGCAGCUCUGUGACUCAUAGCCAUUUACACUUGUACUGUAAUUAUUGUGAUCUAUUAACAAUAUAAUUUGUGCAACAUUUUGGUACUUAUACCAGAAGGUUCAUAAGGGGCAUCUCUCACAGUACUGUACAUACGUAUUUUAUGAAGUGAUUUUUUUAUUUUACAUGAAAACUUACUGAGAGACACUAGUAAACUUCAAUCAAAAUCUAAAUAUUUUAGCACAGAAUAUUUUAAUAGGUUAUUUUAUGCAUUGCUGUAACACUAGUUUUAUCUCAGACUUCAAAUUCACUUGAACUGGUGAGACAACCUCUCUGAAAAGGUUUUUAUUCCCAAUCCAAUUCAAUUCAACUCCCAAUUCAUUUUGUGAAUUCAACUUUUUUUUUUUAAUUUUAGGAACUAGAAUUCAUGGAUGCAUAACACCAUUUUUAAAUUAAAUUUAGGACCAGGAAGAUGUGGAACCUACUUUAACACCAUAUGGAUACAAUUAAAUGCAGCAAAAAUGUUUGUAUUAAUAAUACCAAAUGACAAGGGAUUAGACAUUUCACGUAAUGCCUAAUUUCGCAGUAUGCCUGUAACAUAUUUAUCUAAAAAGAGCAAACUUCCUAAUGAUUCGGUAUGUUUAACAUACCUUUAUCAAGGGAAAGUGGAGGUACUUGUACUAAUUACACUCACUUAUUUCUAUUUAAAUCUAUUAAUGUGUUUGUAUUAUUUCAAUCCAUUAAUGUAAUUUACUACACAGUGCAUGCUGUCUGUAUCAAGUCUGUUUACCCAGGCUCUUCUGUAUUAUACAUUAUCUCAUUGUAUUUCUUCUGAAGCUACACAUUGGAGCUCAAUCAUGUUGUUCAUUUUUGUAAAGUGUUGAACUAUUGGUCUAUUUCCUUUUUAUUACUUAUGUUUGAGAGGUGAGUCUGUAUUCUUUAAUAUAAUACUGUACCUGUCUGUCCUACAGAUUUUAUUUUGUUGCAGUUUUGGCAUAAACAAGGUUGCUAGUCUUGCAUGAUGGGUU